AUGUCUUUUAUGAUUAAUCAGUAUUGGGGUCGAGCCGAAUACAAGGUCGCUGUGGUGGAUUCGCAAGGUAGGUCAGGGGGUCUUGCAUGUCUUUGGUGCCCUGCAGUGCUCAGGUGUGUCGAUAUUUUUCAUAAUAGAAAUUUUAUUAUUGUAUCGGGUUUUUUGGUCCAAUCGGGGUGUAGAAUGAACUUAGUAAAUGUAUAUGCUCCUAUUGAUGCGGUCAGUAGGCGAGUUGUUUGGUCGGAGAUAUUGGGGUUUAGGAACUUAAUGCAAGGCUUAUGGGUCAUGAUGGGUGAUUUCAAUGAUGUACGGGACGCUAGUGAACACAUGAAUUCGGAAUUUGUCGCUGCAAAUGCCGAGGCCUUCAACCAGUUCAUAUUGUCAGCCGGUCUGGUAGAAUAUAAUAUGGGUGGUGGGAACUUCACUUAUAUUUCUGAUAAUGGUAGAAAGUUGAGUAAAUUGGAUCGAUUUCUUGUAUGCUUGGGUUUUAGGGAGAGAUGGCCGAAUGCAUCAGUGAUUGCCUUGGCUAGGGAAGUUUCUGAUCAUCGGCCUAUUGUUCUAUCCACUACUCAGUCAGAGUUUGGGCAUAUUCCAUUUAGAUUCUUUAACUCGUGGUUCGAGUAUUCUGGGUUUCUUGAUUAUGUUUUGCAAAAAUGUGGCGAGUUUAAUUUCUCGGGGCCGGAGGACCUUGCGCUUGCAAUCAAAUUAAGGUGGCUAAAAAACAUUAUUAAAACAUGGUUGAAAGUGGAGAAGGAUAGUAGGGAGGGGAUUUAUGGUGGAAAAAAGAAGUGGUUGGAGUAUAUUGAAAAUAUGGCAGAGGAGCGAAUGUUAGAGGAGGAUGAACUGGCCGAGAGGAUGGAAUGUCGUAAUUAUGUGGCGGAAUUUGAUAGGAUAAAACAGUUGGACCUGCGUCAAAAAUCUAGGGCAAAAUGGGCGAUUGAUGGUGAUGAAAAUUCUGGUUUUUUUCAUCUUGUCAUUAACUCCAAUAUUAGUACAAACAGAUUGAAUGGUUUGAUGAUAGAUGGUGAGUGGUUAACGAAUCCGUUAUCCAUUAAAGAGUCCUUGUUUGAGUUUUUCCUACAUCAGUUUUCGGAGCCAAUGUCUGAUAGGCCAGAUAUGAUUUGCCCUGGUAUAGCUACCAUCUCGGAUUCUGAGGCAGCUAUGUUGGAAAAUCCGUCACUGUGGAGGAAAUUAAAGCAGCUGUGUGGGAGUGUGAAGGGGAUCGGGCUCCUGGGCCAGAUGGGUUCAAUUUCCAGUUCAUUAAAAAGUGUUGGGCGGGCUCCUAGAUGA